AACGGGCUCGAGGUCUACAAGAUGUGUAGCGACAAAUGUUAUUUUUAGCUUCCUCUGUCUGCACCAAAUUGAAUUUGUUUGGAUAGUGUGAGACCACUAUAAGUCUGAUAGAUGGAGAAGCUCCUAGUACUUUCAGCACUUCUCCUUUGUGUUGAUUGCUUAGAAUACGAGGACACUCUCUUUUAUAACUUGGUAAAUAAAGGCUGGGAGAGAAAGUACUCUCAAUGUCCCGAUGAUAUAGUGUGCUACACGGGGUACAUGACGGGCAUUUUUGUUUUUCCUGCGUACUUUGAUCAUAAUACAGUCAUUGACAUCAAGAUCUUCAUCAUGUACUGUCCACAAGGCUGGGAUUGUUUCCCUUAUUACCAUUGGAAACCGCUUUGCGAUAUGGAUAUUGAAUACAGCAGCAAUUAUUCGCUCACAUGUCACAGAAGCAAAUUCCCAUGCUGGUGCAUAUCGAAAAAAGCCUUGGAGAGUAAGCUGGACGACCAAAUGCGGUUAUUUUGGUACCCGGUGCAUGCCAAAAGCAACUACAGCAUUUUUGUUGAGUACAAGUUUGAGGGGAAUGAUACCAAAAACUAUUUGCACAGAAGCCCUAUGAAAUCUGAUUAUUUGGACCCUGAAAAUGAACAAUUCCCGAAAGUGAACUGGGAGUUUGAACUUGGGCGAUACAGUGAAGAGAUGAGAGGUUGCUCUUAAAUACCCGAACAACGCUUGCUACAGUCAGCAUUGACGUUGGAACUGGAACUCUGUCCGCCUUGUUGAGAGACUGAAGUGUGGAUACGGUGGAAAGUCUCCGGACACAACAUGCUAAAACGAUGACCUAUUCAUUGUUAGAUUUUGGUUUGUUUUUCAAACUUUAGUUUUUUAAAGUGUGGACAUGAUAUUUAAAGAGAUUUUAUUGAAAUGGUGUAUACGUAAUAUUAUAAAUUAUUCAAUG